AAACAGAAAAAGAAAAAAGGUUGUGUGUUGAGAAAGCACAGUAGUCGUGAAUCAUUAGUUACUGAGUUGUGAACACAUUAGCACAGUUAACUGUUCAACACUGAUGUUUAAUAAUUAAACAUUAACCGCGUAACUUUUAAACGCUUUAAACGAGAUAUAAUUAAUAAUUAAUUCUGUAUAAAAGUGUUUGAAAUAAAUCUAAAAUAAAGUCUUUUUAAUCAAAACUAGUAUUAAUUAAAUAUUACUAAAUACUUUUUUACAAUUACACAAAGUAAAUAAUGUAUACACGUUAAAAUUAAUAAAGUUCAGAAAAUUAAAUACACCCAAAUAAGUAAUUAUACACACAUACUUAAUUUAGUGUUAAAUAGUGUUUAAAAAUAGGAAAAGAAGUUAGUGUUAAAUUAAUAAUUAAAAAACAACAAAUUGUAAAGGAUACAUUAGUACAUUAAUGCAUUAAUACAGCGAUUUCGUGGAAAAAUCAAUCAUAAAAUCAACGUAAACAAAUACUUUUUUAAACUACAGCUUGGAUUUAGUUUCGAAUGCUUCAGUUUUAAUUUUAAACAUUUCUUUAAUUCACUGGACAACUGGCUGUUGGUUGGUUGGCACGCUCGUAAAAAACUAUCUACAGUUCAGUGGGCAUUUAUUUUGUGAUUUUAUAGCUCCGGCUAAGAUACGAGCUCAGCGAUUAGAAAUAAGUCUUUACAGACAGACGUCUCUCAUUAAAACGUAAACGCGAAGCCUCCGCCACUAUGCCGCAUACAGGUCAAGCUGGUGUUAAUCAGUUGGGUGGAGUUUUUGUAAAUGGACGCCCAUUGCCGGAUUGCGUUCGUCGACGCAUUGUGGAACUGGCGUUAUGCGGUGUAAGACCUUGUGAUAUAUCACGCCAACUAUUGGUAUCCCAUGGCUGUGUUUCAAAAAUUCUUACGCGUUUCUACGAAACGGGUUCAAUACGUCCAGGUUCCAUAGGAGGCAGUAAAACGAAGCAAGUGGCCACCCCUACAGUUGUGAAGAAAAUAAUACGUUUGAAGGAGGAGAACAGCGGUUUAUUUGCCUGGGAGAUACGUGAACAGUUACAGCAGCAACGUAUAUGCGAUCCCAGUUCGGUGCCAUCGAUAAGUUCCAUUAAUCGUAUAUUACGCAAUAGUGGUUUAUGGACUGAUGAAAUGACAUCAAAUCAACAAAAUGCAGCUGCAGUAGCAGCAGCCUCUGGUGGACAUCAUGUAGCAACAGCACCAUAUAAUUCACCAAAUCAAUUGUAUAAUAAUACACCCAACUCCUCCAGUGCAAGCAGUUCAACAUCGGAUCCCGCAACAUACUCACAUAACAGGUCUUCCCAUUCUCAACCACCAAUAGGCCUACCGAAUCCUUAUCGAUAUGGUGAAGGUUCUAAUGUUGUAUCUGGUACCAAUUCACUACCAGCAGUACCAGCAGCCGAUCAUCCCAUUAAACCUUCUCCAAAGCACCCCUUAAAUGUACUGGCCACCACUAGUUCUAGCCCACCGUCGCUUACAAAUCAAUUAACUGCACAAGAUUUAUCGUAUUCGGCAGCAUUACAGAAGCAUUGGUUUUGGAAUCCAUCUCUACUCUACUAUACACAACAUGUACAAGCUGCUAGUCAAUUCUUGCCCUAUGCUGCUCAUACUCAGCACCCACCAAGUGCAUAUUUUCCUUCUUCACUGCACGGCUCUGGUGGUGGUUACACCAAAUCUGAAAGUUCAAUUGACUUAACUACACCAUCAGCGGGGGAUGCUCUAAGUGAUUGCGAUUCUGGAAAAUCUUCCCCGGCUACCAUAAAUCUAAGCACAUCCUCAACGCGUAAACGCAAUCCCUAUUCUAUAGAAGAGCUCCUCAAGAAACCAGAAAAGCGUUUGCGCCUAAAUGCAUCAUUGGAUCAGAAUGACCUAAAAUUAAAUAGUUCCCUUAAUCUAAGUCCCAAAAAAGAGGACUGCAACAUUAGUGUCUGUUCGGCUAGUAGCAGCAGCAAUCACAGCAGUACCGACAGUCACAUCAGUUGUGUGGGCGAGGAUAGUUGUGACGAUGAACGCCGUUGCUCGCCAACACUUAAUGUGGCAUCAGCUGAAGCAGAAGAUAACUGUGAACCUGUCGAGGUGGUCAAUUAAAGUGUUAUCAAUAUUUAUUAUUCAAUUAAUUUAAUGCUUAUUUACUAAUUUGUUUUAAAAUUUGUAAAAGUAUUCAUGAAUUUACAAGUAUUAAUUUCAGUUCUAUUCAGUGUAUUUGUAUAUAGUAUUUGUGUAAGUCUUUUAAAUGUGAGUGUGUGUAUGUGUGAUAAUCAUAUUCACAUACAUAUGUAUGUAAAUCAAAUAGAUUAGAUUAGAAAAAAGUGUGAAAACAGAAACAAAAAAUUAAAAAAAAAAU